AUGCCUGCUGACGAGUCUACCCCGUUAUUGAACUCCUCAUCACUGCCCUCUUAUUCCGGCGAGGUUGACACGGCCGUGGAUAAUGGUUCGUCCACCGUGUUAACCUGUGACUAUGAUCCCAUGUCACUCAGUCUUUCGCGGGUCAAUUCUCUCCCCCAAGGUCUCGAGAUUGACCACAACCUCAAGCGUAUUCCCUCCCUCGCCAAAUCCACAGAAAUCGCCGACCCAGAAGGGAGAAAAUCCCUCAGUGAUAACACCGGCUAUGCAUCACGCUUCAUAAACGUCUCGCCGGUGAGGUUCUGGCUGGUCUUCUCGGGUAUCUUGAUUGGCUAUGCCAUUGGGUUCUUUGACUCUACGUUGAUGGCCUCCAGCCACCCAGUCAUCACCUCGCAUUUCCAUGCCUCCAAUGCCGCCUCAUGGCUGUCUACCGCGUUCCUGUUGACCUCCACGGCGUUUCUCCCGCUCUUCGGGCGCAUCUCCGAUACCUUCGGCCGGAAGCCCGUCUAUCUGUUCUCCAUCACUGUCUUUUUCUUCACCACCGCCUGGUGCGGGUCCGCCCAGAGUAUCGGGAGCUUUAUCGCUGCUCGAGCCUUCUGCGGCCUUGGCGCCGGCGGUGUCUUCUCCAUGGGCAUGAUCCUGUCCAGUGACUUGGUGCGCAUUGAAUACCGCGGGGUCUACCAAUCCUAUAUCAAUCUGUUCCUCGGUUUGGGAGGCUGCCUUGGUCUCGCUUUCGGCGGCUAUCUCUGCGACCAGGUCGGGUGGAGAGGUGCGUUCUAUGUUCAACUGCCGUUUAUUUUUAUCUACUUCGUCGUCGCGGCCUGGACUACCCCGGGGGAUUUGGGGCUGAAGAGAGCAAGAGCCGAACGCGCGCCCCUGCGCCAGCUGAUCAAGCAGAUCGACUUGGUAGGCUCGUUGAUCCUAGUCCUAUGCGUGACGGCCUUGAUCAUGGGGCUCAACCUGGGCGGGAACAUCUACAGCUGGACCCAUCCCAUUGUGAUUUCAUCCUUGAUCAUGGCAGCCGUCCUAUCGGUCGUGUUUGUGCGCUACGAGCGCACGGUAGAGCGCGCGGUGAUGCCCAUUUCGUUCUUGUCGCAACAGCCUCGAGCUAGUAUCAUCUUCGGGAAUUUCUUUGGAUCCAUGUCGGUCAAUACCAUGCUAUUUAACGCGCCGCUGUACUUCCAGGCCGUUAAACUCGCCAGCCCCACGGAAUCAGGGCUGCGGCUGGUCGCGUCCACUUUCUCCGUGACGGUCUCAAGCGUUGCCACAGGCUUUCUCAUUACCUGGUCCAAGCGCCUGAAGCCCACUAUAUUGAUCGGGGACGUGUUUCUCUUAUUUGGAGGCUUUGCCGCAGCCUCCAUGGAGGUGUGCACUCCUGAUGUAGUUGCUAUGGUCUGUGUUUCUCUCUCCAGUCUCGGACAGGGAUUUUCCUUUCCGUCCUUGAUGGUCGCCGUCCUUGCCACGAGUGAACAAGACGAGCAGGCCGUGGCCACGACAACAUUGGGACUGUGGCGGAAUCUGGGCUCUGUCAUGGGCGUGGCAACGAGUAGCUGGAUAUUCCAAAAUACUCUGGUUUACCAUCUCGAGCGGAUGGUAACAGGGCCGGAGAAGGAGACCAUUAUCUUCCUUGUUCGCAAGUCUGUUCAGGCUAUUUCUACGUUGGAUCCUAUCCACCAACACGAAGUGAUUGGCGCGUAUGCUGCAGCUCUUCGUGUAACCUUUGGCUCCGCGGCCCUCUGGGGUGCAAUGAUGCUUCUCAUGCAUUUUGGACUCCGACUGCCUCGACUGGGCAACAAGGUUUAA